CCGCGUAUUCCCUUGCUGACGCGUGGCUCAUCGUUCUAUUUCCCGACGUCCCGAGUCCUUCACGAGAUUGAGGUCGAAGGGCCUGGCAAGCGUGAUGGCCCACAACCAAGGUUCACUCGCUACCCGCUGCAACACCAAGCUCCUCGACAACAUCUCUACAACACCGGCAACAAGUACAGUCCGCCUCCUACUGCUCGUAACGCUGGAAAAGUUGCUGAAGGUAAGUCAAUCGGUUCUGUGAAAUGUCGUGUACAGUCCGAGAAAGGUAGUAAUUGUUAA